AUCAGUAAAGAAACACUCUUUUUUCUUUAUUUUUUGGCGUGCUCGUCAGCACGUCCAUGUCCACGCUGUGUUGGUGUUUUCAUCUCAUGAAAUGUUUCAAUUUGUCUAUUUUUAGUAGCAAGUUUCUUUUUGUUUAUUAGUUCUUCUUUUUUUUGUUUUACUUUCCCAGCAUGUACAUAGCAUUGUACAUAGGGGCGUGGAUAAAUAGCAGUGGGUCGUUUUGGGGCGAUGUUUCUGCUGCUCUGAUUUAACGUCACAACUGAGGAAUGUCUUCUCCCCGAUCUGGCUGGAUCACCACCACGCAUUGUUUGUUUUCGCCCGAAAGCUUCGGCUAUAUAUCCCGAUCUGUUUAUAUAGUUUCAUAUAUAUGUAUGUACAUGCCUCGCUAAUGGCUAGGUGUUUGCAUAGAUUUAGAUUUAGCUGACUGUCUAUAAGGUCAAGCUAUGCCCGUGCGAGGUGCUUUGAUGAUAGGCUAAGGUAUCGCGAAUGCGUCUUUAUAUAAGGGUUUCAGAUGAAAUACGAAUUGUUUUUAGAUAAUGUGUAGGCAUAAUGAAUAAUGCAUAAUAAUUGAAGUUACCAUUCUUGUUGUUAUAUUUUCUUUAGAAAAAAUCAACUGUCAAUAAACAUAACAAUAACUUCUUUAUAGUAUAGGAUAAGAGCUUUAAUUUGAUAAUAUCUUAAGAUAUAUUUGUUUAUUGUUAGAAUUUAUUAAAUAUUAUGUUAGUCGAAACUAUAAACUGACUUAAAGAAGAGCAUUCGAAAGUCCUUAUAACAGAACCCCAUAAGGAAACCUCAAGACUGCCUCUGCACACGCGGCGAUUGGACGAGGAGCAAACAGAUAUAAAACCAUAAAUUCGUUACUCAGCGGUGAUUUUAGCUGCAGCUACGGGUUCAGUAGAUAUGGCGGCACAGCUAUCUGGACUAGGCGUAGACAAUUAUAAACAACAUGUUUUGGUAAUGUUACGCUCAGAGCCGUGGUACUACGGAGUUUUGCAAACAACAAAUACGGCACAUGUCCCGGUGUAUAGUCACCAUCGAUGGUUGGGUUGAUGGCGCUUUAUCGCCACCACGGCACGUAAAUCAAUAUUAGGCUUAUCUUGACCAACUGUGAGAAUUCAAGCAUGCUGCGAACCCAAAGAUAUUGGCCCUCAGCCAUGACAGAAACUGGUAUCCCCAUAUCCAUUGAGCUCACUCGAGUUUCACUUUCCACACGCCAUGGGUUACUGGUCGGAGACGCGGGCCUGGCUCUUUCGUGAUCCAGCCAAGCUCAUCCGCUACUUGGUGCUCUUCGCCUGCUGCAUUGUGGUCAUUGUCCAGUUGUACGAGUGCUUCGCCAAGCUCUACAAUCCACCCAUAUCCACUCACUCCUACUACAGCCUAAACGAAACCAUCGAAAUGCCCGCGGUCACCAUAUGUCGGGAACCGCCCUAUAAGGAGGAGGUGCUAACGCGCCUUUCCGGCGGUGCUUGUCCACAUCCAAAAUAUGCAACCUGCUGGAUGAAAUAUCCGUUUGGAGAAAUAUCCCUGGAUGAGUUCUUUGAAAAUAGCACACAUGAUUCGGGUGACACCUUUGUAUUUUACGGACUAAACGAGGACAGAAACAAUGUGGUCAUGAACAGCAGUCUACACUUUUACAUGGGUCGGUGUUACACCCUUAGGCCGAAGGAAUCCGCCAAGAGAGUAUCAAAGGCUGUUGGUUACUCCAUAAUGCUAGAACAUUCCAUGUUGACCACUUCUGUCAGCGAUGUGGACACAGGCAGUGUUGGGUGGCAUGUCUUCAUACACGAUAAGAAAGAGAAUUUUACAGAAAUCAAUAUGAAGGGUUCUGGUCGAGUGGAGUAUGUCUUUGUCGGUGUCAAUGAGGAAAUUGAGAUCAAGCUUCAAACCCAAUACUUCUCCAAUGUUCAGACGCGAGAAGAGGCGUGUUCCGAUGAUGAGGAUUACAGUGACUUAAAGUGUGGUGAACAAUGCAUCUGGCAGGAUUUGGCCGAUAAUAUGCAGUGCUCGGGACCUUGGAUGCAUGAGAUUGCAAGUGAGCCCUGCAAUGACUCCAUUUCCAUGAGGAAACUGAUAUCGGAUUAUAAGGAUGUCUAUGAAAAUGAGGAUGACUUUGACUGCGACUGUGUUCAGCCCUGCCAAUCGAGAAUAUACACAACCUUCAUUCAGAACAGAAAGGCUUUCAAUCAACCAGAGCCACGCACCCAAAUCUACAUAUACUAUACAACGAAACUGAUAUCGAUGAUUGAGGAGCGACCCAGCUAUGACACCACACAAUUUAUAGCCGAUGUGGGUGGUUCCCUUGGAUUUCUACUGGGCUUGUCUGUCCUGGGUUUGAUUGGAAUACUGGAACAUAUGACUCUCUUUUUCUGCGGCGGAUUCAUUAAGAAGAUGCAGCAGAAGGAGCAGGCGAAGUUAGAGGCAAACUCCGAGGAUGGUCAAUCCCAAACCAGCGACGAGACCAUCGAUAUAGAAAUCGCCUAUAAAAAGAAGGAAAAACAACCCAAAUAUUGA